AUGCUUCAACUUCUCAACUCCACGGAUAUUAUCCUGCCAGAAGUCGAUUAUACCACGGUCCCACUAAACCUUAGAGGUCUCCAGAAUGACUAUGCCAUAUUAACAUCUGAGAAGGAAGCCCUUGAAAGUAUAUCUGGAAACGUGCUGAAUUCCUCUUCUACUGAGAACGGGUCGCGUAGGAUCAAUAGCGGUCCAGACUCGUUUGGUACCACGAGUUUUCCAUCUUUUCGAUCCAGAUGUGAAGCUACCGGGGGAUUCCUUUCGGCAACCGAUUUUGCAGAUGAGGGCACAAGCAAUCCCAAGUCAGUCGGCAGAGAAUUUCCUCCGGACUGUCCACAAAGUGAAUUUUCCGUACCCGGAGGGGACGCCAGGAAAAAUGCCUCUUUCCUUACGUCCAAAGAACGUCCCGAUGACUCGUCUAUAUCCAAAUGGACACGUGGAGCGGGUGUCCGUAAUAAGGUUACCAAUUCAAUGGGCGGCUCGAGUGUUUGCGGCUAUUCAGGUACAGAUAUGUCGCACCCACAAGACUACACUGAACCUAAUGGCUCCCCUACAAAGUUCAACUGGGAACGUCAGCCUCCAGAUGCACGCACUGGUACUGAUAGCGUUGUGACUGCUGACUUCUCUAAGGCACCUCAGGGUUGGGUUCGGGGCCCUCUCAAAGCUGAUCAGCCACAUGCCUCAGACCGCUUGUCAAGAGGAAAUGGCUCUCAUUUUGGUUCAGUCCGUCGUCCAGCUGCCGUUGGAGGUGAAUCUUGUGAGGUGUCAGCUGUUGGCGACCACAAUGGCUGGAGUCGUCCAACUUAUAACGCCAAUGACGGUUGCCCCUCGUACAGACCUCCGAAAUUCUCAUCACAGAGUCGAUGUCCCGAUUCUCCAGAAGGGGUUGAAAACUUUCACCGCUCGUAUUCCGCUGGGAAUUAUGAUGAAUGGAAUGUCGACUUCUCCGACAAAGAAGGUUUGGCACCAGCGAACCCGGUGCAAAGUUGUUGGGACCACUCUUCGGACUAUCUCCAACCCAGAGAAGAAUCUAAUGACCUCAUCGACCAGCUUCCUCCUCAAACCAAAGGUUCGACUAGUUGGGACGUUCUUUCAGCCCCUAAGUUUGAUUGUAUGUACGGAUCGGGUGGGGAGAAUCUGCCGCAACCAGGCUUUGAUCGGCGACCUACGAGCAGAGGGGACACCUACAAGUCCGAAUUUCCCAGCGAACCCCCUAACUAUUAUGCUCCACCGCUCAGCCGAGGGAGGGGCAGAGGUGGCCGCAGAGGCAGCGGCUACGCCAGCCGUCUGAGAGAACGUGUUAACCUUCGGUGA